AGUUCCUCCCAGUUCUCGUUUUUUAAUCUACUUGAUUUUCCUGGGAUGAAUGAAUGGUUGGUUGGCUGUUACUUUUCUCAGCCAUUCACCUUAACUAAGGCAUUGUUUCCCCAUUUCCAUUGAUUCUUCUUUUUCCCGUCCGUCAGCUUCCAACCCUCCCCACCCCCUCUUUUCUUGUGAAGAAUGUUUAAUUUCAUGCUGUGAUCCGCCGGAUUCCGCUGUUUCGACAAUCUUCUGCCUGUCCUUUCUCUUCUGUCACCUGUCAGUUUCUCUUAGCGACCGUUAGGAAAGUCAAUACAAGCGGUUAAUCUCGGUUGGGGUUGUUUUGCUGGCAACUUUUAAAUUGAACGUUUUCCUUUGCUCGAUUAUCGUGUUUUUGUUCAAGGGAACGAAUUUCGAGGAACGAACCCAAUCGACUUGCAAUUCCUCCAUCUGCAAACUACUACACUCAUCAUGCAUCUUACCACGGUGCUAUACUACGGCCUGGCCGCGUUGACCCUCACCAAUGCUGCUCCACUCGUCGGAGACUCCUCCAGACGCGAAGUAGCCGACGGUGACGAUAGGAUCGCUUACACCUGGGCAAUACCGGAGAGGAGUCGCAAACGAGAGGACGGUGACGACAAAGUGGCCUACACCUGGGCCGUACCACAGACUCGCAAACGAGAGGACGGUGACGAUAAGGUCGUCUAUACCUGGGCAGUGCCGGAAUGAAAAAAACAAAAAGCGAAAAAGCCCAGAAACUGCAAUGAUUUCUUCGACCCCGCCGAGGCGGCACGCAGCAGCUUUCAGCAUAUGUUCCACGAUGUGAUGACUCCUCCUGUCUUUAAACUGAACCCGGGUUUAGUAUGUUGAUAAUGAUGUUAUAUAUGCUUGUUUAUGGUCGCUCCUUCGAUUCUUGUGCUAUUUUGGGUCGUUGUAUCGUUGUUAGAUCAUAGAAGUUCAAUUUCCCUUUUGCACUGCAAAGGAGUGUGUGGUUUUGGGGGGUCUGGUAGAGUGCAGUGCCAGGUGCAGGGUGAAUAAUGAAAACGAGUUUGGAUGUGUAUCAGGAUGGAUCUGUGCGUAUAUAAGGUGUGCUGUAGGUCUACGUUCUCUCAAGUUAGAGUAUAC